CCCGCGGUCCCCCUCCGAGGGGCGCUGGCGCGCGGGGCGGAGCGACCGGCCGCCGUGUGUGGGAGUGCCGCGCCCGCCUCGGCCGGGAGGAGUGCGCUGCGCGGUGGGCGAUGAGGGGCGCGGGCGACGAGGGUCCGGAGGCCGCCGCUGGCCGCGCCGGAGGCCGCUCGGAGCCCGAGGCCCCGGGCAGCGCGCUGAGCGUGGACCUGCCGGGGCUGCUGGGGCAGCUGGCGCGCAGCUUCGCGCUGCUGCUGCCGGUGUACGCCCUCGGCUACCUGGGGCUGAGCUUCAGCUGGGUGCUGCUGGCGCUCGGGCUUCUCGCCUGGUGCCGCCGCAGCCGCGGCCUCAAGGCCAGCCGCCUGUGCCGUGCGCUGGCCCUGCUGGAGGACGAGGAGCGAGCCGUGCGCCUGGGGGUGCGCGCCUGCGACUUGCCCGCCUGGGUUCAUUUUCCAGACACUGAAAGAGCAGAAUGGCUAAAUAAGACUGUAAAGCACAUGUGGCCCUUUAUUUGCCAAUUUAUAGAGAAGCUCUUUCGAGAGACCAUAGAGCCAGCUGUGCGGGGAGCAAAUGCCCACCUCAGCACCUUCAGCUUCACGAAAGUGGACAUGGGUCAGCAGCCCCUUAGAGUCAACGGUGUCAAGGUUUAUACCGAAAAUGUGGACAAAAGACAAAUUAUUCUGGACCUUCAGAUUAGUUUUGUAGGAAAUUGUGAGAUUGAUUUGGAGAUCAAACGAUAUUUUUGUAGAGCUGGUGUGAAAAGUAUUCAGGUCCAUGGGACUAUGCGGGUGAUCCUGGAGCCCCUGAUUGGGGACAUGCCGUUAGUUGGAGCCUUGUCUAUCUUCUUCCUUAGGAAGCCGCUUUUAGAGAUUAACUGGACAGGACUGACUAAUCUUCUGGACAUCCCUGGGCUGAAUGGUUUAUCUGAUACUAUCAUUUUGGAUAUAAUAUCAAACUAUCUGGUGCUUCCCAAUCGAAUCACUGUUCCUCUUGUCAGUGAAGUUCAAAUAGCUCAGUUGCGGUUUCCCAUACCAAAGGGUGUCCUAAGGAUUCAUUUUAUUGAAGCUCAAGAUCUUCAGGGAAAAGACACCUACCUUAAAGGCCUUGUUAAGGGAAAAUCAGACCCCUACGGAAUUAUCCGAGUGGGCAACCAAAUUUUCCAGAGCAAGGUCAUCAAGGAGAACCUGAGUCCAAAGUGGAAUGAGGUGUAUGAGGCUUUAGUCUAUGAACACCCUGGACAAGAACUGGAGAUUGAACUCUUUGAUGAAGACCCAGACAAGGAUGACUUCUUAGGAAGUCUUAUGAUUGAUCUUAUUGAAGUUGAGAAGGAGCGUCUUUUAGAUGAAUGGUUCACUCUGGAUGAAGUUCCCAAAGGAAAGCUGCAUUUGAAGCUGGAGUGGCUCACCCUGUUGCCAGAUGCGGCCAACCUCGACAAGGUGCUGGCAGACGUCAGGGCUGACAAGGACCAAGCCAAUGACGGUCUCUCCUCUGCGCUGCUGAUCUUGUACUUGGAUUCUGCAAGGAACCUUCCGAGUAACCCAUUAGACUUUAACCCCGGUGUCUUGAAGAAGUCUACAGUUCAGAGAGCUUUAAAGUCAGGGAAGAAAAUAAACAGCAACCCAAAUCCUCUUGUCCAGAUGUCAGUCGGUCACAAGGCUCAAGAGAGUAAGAUCCGGUACAAAACUAGUGAACCUGUGUGGGAGGAAAACUUCACUUUCUUCAUUCAUAACCCCAAGCGCCAGGACCUUGAAGUUGAGGUCAAAGAUGAGCAGCAUCAGUGUUCUCUGGGGAACCUGAGGAUCCCACUCAGUCAGCUGCUCAUGAGUGACAACAUGACUAUAAACCAGCGGUUCCAGCUCAGCAACUCGGGUCCAAACAGCACCUUAAAAAUGAAGAUUGCCCUACGGGUGCUCCAUCUGGAAAAGCAAGAAAGGCCUCCGGACUACCAGCACUCAGCUCAAGUAAAGCGGCCCUCCGUCUCCAAAGAAGGGAGGAAAAUACCUGUCAAAUCUCAGAUGUCUGCAUCACCAGGCACCGCCGGUAGCAACACUGCUCCAUCAACACCAGUCAAGGGAGUCGAUCAGCGUGUCAUGGAGGAGAGGCCCCAGCCCCCCGAGGCCAGCCCUCUUGGGCAGUGUGACCUGGGCAGGAGCUCCUCCAGCCUCUUGGCUUCUCCAAGCCACAUCUCAGCCAAGGAACCCACUCCAAGCAUUGCCUCAGACAUAUCACUGCCCAUUGCUACCCAGGAGCUGAGGCAAAGGCUACGGCAACUUGAAAAUGGGACGACCCUGGGACAGUCUCCUCUGGGGCAGAUCCAGCUCACUGUCCGGCACAGCUCGCAGCGGAACAAGCUCAUUGUGGUCGUGCACUCCUGCAGAAACCUCAUUGCCUUCUCGGAAGAUGGCUCUGAUCCAUAUGUCCGCAUGUAUUUAUUGCCAGACAAGAGACGAUCAGGAAGAAGGAAAACCCACGUGUCAAAGAAGACACUAAACCCUGUGUUUGAUCAGAGCUUCGAUUUCAGUGUCUCACUGCCCGAGGUGCAGAGGAGAACCCUGGAUGUGGCAGUGAAGAACAGUGGUGGCUUCUUGUCCAAAGACAAAGGGCUUCUUGGCAAAGUGCUGGUUGCUCUGGCAUCUGAAGAGCUCGCCAAGGGCUGGACCCAGUGGUACGACCUCACAGAAGAUGGAACAAGGCCGCAGGUGAUAAGGUAGCUGCACUGGACGUAGGCCUGUUUCUCCGGUGGAUCGCGCCACCUCAACAUGAAACACACCUUCUCGCAGAUGCACCAAUGCUAUUUUUAUAAUAUUAGGUAUCGAGUUAUACACACCUUCAGAGUUUUAUAAAUUGCAGGCAUCAUAGGAAAAUGUGGCCAAAUGUGGUUGUUAAAUUUCCCUGUCCCAGUGCUCCGGCAGGCACUGCGCCGCAGCAGCGCAGCAGCGUGCUGUGUGGGACGCCGGCAGCCGCACAGGCUGGAAGACAGGCGCCUGGACUUGCUCGUUUGGUCCUGCCCUGCCCCCGGGGGUGCCUGGCACCAUGUAAAUAGACUCCGUUCCCUAAUGUCUGCACGCUGGUGUGCACAAAGAAGAGAAUGCGCCAAGGAGACACUUUCUUCUAAGACAUUAAAUUUUUGACAAGUAAUCACUUUCAGGUUUUCAGCAAAAAGUUCUCAUAGAUCAAUUGUGUGGUAUGACUUUCUUAAGGGAAAAAUGAAAAAAUUAUUAAGUAUUAGGAUAUUUAUGUCUGGUAUGAAUGAUAAAAGAAAGUGUUCAAGUUAUUAACAUUAUUAUAAAUAGGAAGAUACAGUGAGAAAUCAGUGAACGGCUUAUUUAAAAAUUGUAUACCUGAGUAAUGGACAAUACUAAGAGUAUUGUCAAGGCUCAUGAAUCGCAGUAUGCUCAUCUGAAAUUUAUUACAUAGGAAAAUACUGUGCUGUUUAUUUGUAAUUGUUUGUUCUAACAGAUUCAUGGAAUAGUACAGAGAUAAACAUGCCAGGUGUGGUACCUCACAUCUGUAAUCCCAAGAUAUAGGAGAGGCCAAGGCAGGAAGACCAAGAGUUAAAGGCCAGCCUGUGCUACACAGCAAGACCCUAUCUAGGGAAAAAGAGAUACAUACUUUACACUUUGCCCAAAGCAUAGGAACUAGUCUUCAGUCUUGGGGAAUAAGGUGUUGUCCAGAGUGAUGCAAGCCUGGCUUGUUUUGUCAGUGUUUCUAACCGUAUAAAGACAGGUCUAUUGUUGGGGUGUAGUGGAGAAAUAGGAUGGAAGAGUACAAAGGGUGUUGUGCUAAAGACUUAUGCUGCACUUGCCCUUGGUGGGAGAAGCUGGUUCUAUAUCCAUCACACAGGAUAGCCCUACACACCUGUGGGUAGGGCUUUCUGUGCGUCCCCUGAUACAUGGGACCCCACAUGACAGACAGAUCCUGCCCAGGGCCAGAAACAGAGCUGUCAGUCUUGCCAUUUUCUGGAUACCCUCAUUUUGUGUCAUGCCAGAUGUUAAUAUUAGCAUUAUACAAUUUUUAUUUUGUAAUCCUUUUCUUUUUAGAUUAUGAGGAGCAUAUUUUACAUGUGUAAGAGUCCCCAAACCUCUUGUGAGGUGAGGCUGUAAAUCACAGUAUUAUAAGCUAUGCAUGUCCGUAAACAAAAUUUGCACAAAUGUAUAAAGAUAUUUUUCAGUGUGCAUUUUAAGCUGCAGGAUGAAAAGGGCUUCUCAGCUAUGAGAUCAUUUAAAACUAUGUACACGUACAGCAGGAAAAUACAGCUUUGUAAUCAAAGUUGGAGGAGUUCCUUUCACAUGCUUCCUGGAAGUAAACAGCGUAUGGGAAGUCUAUGUGGCCAAACAUGCCAAAGUGCCUAUGAUGAGACCCAGAGUCCCUGUCACACUCUCCUCCUGUCCAGCAGAUGAAAGCGCGCCUCAGUGUGUGAGGAACCGCGUACAGUUGGUGGAGUGUGUAGCCUCCAUCUCCUGUUUGCUGACGCCUUCCUCUUAAUCCUGUUUCCAAGUCUUUUUCCACUAGUGUGCAGGUUUGGGAGAAAGCUUAUGUAUAUGUCACACAUAUGAACAUACAUGCACAUAAAACAUGCAAGGGUGGCAUUUUAGUUGCAGGAGAAAAGCAGAUAAUAUCUUAUUAAAACUAGUUGCUUGGCCAGGGUUUCAGAUUGUUUCUUAAGUGUCUUUUUAAUUAGGUCCACUGAAGGGCUUAUGUUAAAAUCUAUGAAGGAGAUUUUCUUGCUGAAAUUGUAUCAUGUCAAUGACUUUUCACCAACAACCUAAACAUCUUGGAUUUGCACCCACAUACUCAAUCCGUUCAGUGCAUUUUUUUUUAAUUUAAUGAGAUGUUUUUCUUAAGCAAUUAGGCAAAUUGAGUACGGAUAAGGGUACAGUCCCCUAAUAAAUGAGUAUAACACCUCAGUGGGAUGCCCUAUGAUACAGUCACAAAAGCUGGCGCCAAUGAAUUCAGAUGCAGUGCCCGCCUGCGCCAUCUGAAUCCUCCAGUACCUCUCUCCACACUGGAAAGGAGAGAAGGUCCAGUGAUCCUGGUUGUACUUCCUUCUGUGACCAGCCUGGGCAGAACUGAGUUGCCAUCAAAGCAUGCUCCAGUGUCCUGAAGAUAGAAGAUACUUCGAGUUCUCAGAAUGAUAACUUUUAGUUUUGAUGGCUUACCUAGGAAAAAGAACUUUAAGUUUUCUACUUUGAGCCAAACCAAUGAGGGGAAGUUAGGGAUCUGAAGUACAGCUCUGCUAACUUAUUCAGUGGUGUCUUCUGUGCCUUAAAGUACAAAGUGUUUUCACGGUUCAGAUGAAAACACAAGCAGCCUUGCAACUGUGUUGCCACCACGUGGACUCUGCACUGUCCAUCUCCUCUAUAGAUGGUCCUUACGCAGAGGGCAGUCCUCAGAGACUUUCGAAUUAUCUUAAAAACCUCAGGCAGAUGCAGAGAGUACAGGUUCCUGCAAUGACGGGUCCCAUCUGGAUUACCCACUGUAGAGGCGGACCAUAGAGGCUGGCUUUUGUUUUUUGUUGUUUGUUUGUUUUAAAUCAUAGAAUGUCCUUUCUGCUUAAUUAAUUUUAUAUUAACAGCACAUGUAUUUAUUCAAUAAACCUUUUAUGUUAGUGUACUUGUAA